AUGCACGAGGUGCCGAUUGUAAACUAUCAAAGGUCUAGCACUUGGCGCCUGUUAAAGCUCGCAGAGUCACUUCAUAGUCGCGAUAUAUUUGGCCAGUAUCUCUCACCGCCACAACUGAUAGUAUUAAAUCACAUUUUGGACAUACCAGAUGCAGCAUCGAAGCGUAUGGUUUGGGAACAGCUCAUAAGAGGUAAUGUUGUGCUCAAUGUUGAAAAGACGGAGGAGCAUGGCUCUCCAGAGAAUGCUGCGGCAGAAGGCGAUGAAGGCGAUGUCGCGCCAGCCAUAGCGCCAUCUCCAGCGACGGAAGCUACGGUAAACGGAUCGAGUAGCGACGAAGGUGCGGAUUACAGCACGGAAAGCAAUGUGACAGAUUUUUCAGAGCUAGAUCUUGAGGAAUUGAAGCAGAACACAGAUGGUGCCGAGUUCAUCGGCAACCUCUCCUUGAAGAUUCGCUAUGUUCUAUGGCAGUUUGCGAUCGAUGCUUUGUAUCCGACCGACCAUGAUCAUGAUCCACUGGAGUAUGUUAUUCUGGGGGAGGGCGAGGACAAGGAGGAUGACAAUGCGCACCCUUUGGCCAAUUCCGCUGGUGCCGUGGCUGGCGAUUUGAAUGUGCGCGAAGAGGACGAUGAUUAUGACUUCGACGAAGACGAUAACAGUGAGCCCGCCGCAUCCAGUGUUACUAGAGAUACCUCAGAACGUAAUACAAACAUUGAACUACAGACUGACAGUCAGGGGAAGCUAGUGGUUCACCUACAAAUUUCUAAGGACACGCUUCCGAAGCUGCGAGUAAAUAAGACUCAGGAUAUCGUUGAAAACUUCAACAAAAUCUACCAUAACUUUGAAAACGAUAAGGAAACACUUCUGAAGAGAUUGAAGUUGGAGGAGAAUGACAAGCUAUUAGAAUACGACAAGAAAAGAAAGUAUAGCGAUAAGGCUAACGAGGAGGCUGGCAUCGAUUCAAUAAUUGAAGACAGUGAGCCAGAUGUUAAGAAGUCUCGUAACUCCAUUUCCAGUCUUCCAGUAAAUCUCGGCGUAACUAAUUUGUCUUUGAAACAUCUUCUGGCCAAAAUACAGGAGAAUAAGUCGAAGCUCACAAUAUCCGAUUAUGAGUUAAAACAUUUGAUCAUGGAUGUGAGGAAGAAUAGAUCCAAAUGGGCUUCUGAUGACAAAAUCGGGCAAGAAGAACUUUAUGAUGCAUGUGAGAAGGUUGUUCUAGAACUUAGAAAUUAUACAGAACACUCUACUGCCUUCCUAAACAAAGUAUCCAAAAGAGAUGCACCGAACUACUAUCAGAUCAUCAAGAAGCCAAUGGACCUAAAUACAGUACUGAAAAAGCUAAAAACAUUUCAGUAUCGAUCUAAGCAACAGUUUACUGAUGACAUUAUGCUGAUAUGGAAGAAUUGUUUAACUUAUAAUUCCGACCCCAAGCAUUUCCUUAGAGCCCAUGCGAUUGCUAUGCAAAAAAAGUCACAGCAAUUAAUACCGUUUAUCCCUGAUAUUGUGGUUAGAGAUAGGUAUGAGGUGGAGAAAGAACUGGAAAAAGAGGGUAGAUAUGAGGAGGAGGAUGAUGAAGAGGUGGUAGGGACAGGCCGUAAGGGCGGCAUCGUGAGGAGAGGCAUACAGACGAUACAGGAAGAUGAAGACGAUGAGGACUACAUUCCUGCAGAUAAACGGGGUAAGAGUGCGCCUGCAGGUAAACGCUCGAAAUCUUCGGAAAGUCAUGCUGGCAAAGGACCUCUUGAAGAUCGUGACGGUAGUAAUGCAAUUAGCUCAAAACAAAUCCAUACUGUGCCCGGUUCGCAAGCUACUGAUGAGAAAACGGGAUUGGCAGAUGGACAGAAACGUAUCCAGGAAGAUCAUAGCCAGCAAAAGGAGCCCAAGCCGAAAGUUGAACCCAAUUAUGGAAUAGACAAUGAACUGACAGGCGAAGAUCAUAUAGACGAGGAAGAAGAGGAAGAAGAGGAAGAGGAAGAAGGAGAAGUAUCACAGAAUCUAUACACUGAAAAAGAUGACGGGGAUGAUGACUUUGAGCUAUCUACAUGGAAAAACUUAACGGCGAAGGUGAGAGCGGAAAUAUGCAUCAGAAGAUCCGAUUUAUUUAAACACGGAAGGCUUAAUGGUGACGCAACUGCGAUGUUGAGGAACCCGUCUAAAAUGAAAGAAUUUCAGCAUGCGUUGAGGGAAUAUAAGGAACAACAGAGGGCUGAGCAGGAAAGAAAACAAGCAGAGCAAGAAUCUAUGAUGAAGAAUGGGUUUGGUGCAGUUAUAAAACAGGAGAACCAUCAGGAUUCGUUGGAAUCACACGAGUCGCAGCAAGCGAUUGGGAAUAACUUGGAGAAAGAUGCUGAAGAAGUUGAUUUUGACAACUCUCUUUUCUUAACUGAAUAUAAUGUGAUAAACACUUAUCCUGAUAUUAUUCAUAAGGGUGUUAGUAGCGAAAUGCUUGAUAAAGAAGAGGAAGCAAUGGUUAAGAAAAUCCUCGACCAUUCGGACCGAAAGAAGAGUAUAUUUCUCCAAAACAAAGAUGUUGGUCUCACACCUAAGAUGAACAGGAAUAUACAACUCAUAUAUGAGAUAAGAGGAAUUUGCCAUAAAAUAUCUUUAAUAAGAAUGCUCCAAAACCAGUCUCAAUCCAAAUCAACACCUUUUCCGCAGCGACUAAAGAUGGCAGCAAUUAAUGAUGAUCUUGAUUUGGACCCUGUUUCGCAGUUGGAGACACGCAACUUUAGAAACGACAAACAACUCGCCUGGAGGAUUAUGCAUAAGAAUGUGUCGAAGAUUGCGAUGUCACACGGAUUUGAAAGCACCGAACCCACUGCAAUCAACGCGUUGACUGAGAUCGCAGGCGAUUACAUAUCCAACUUGAUCAAAUCAGUUAAGAUCCAUUAUGAAACAAAUUCCCUUAACAAAAGAAAGGCCGAUCAGAUUUUGUGUAUGUCGCUAUUAGAAAAUGGGAUUAACAGGCCAGAUGAUUUGUAUACAUAUAUCGAGACUGAGUUUACUAAGAAGACCCGGAAGCUAAGCGACAUUAAACACAAGUUGAAUAACUUUCUCAAGGAUUUGCUCAGACCUACUCUGCAGGAUCUAUCUGAACGUAAUUUUGAGGAUGAAAGCCAAAGUUUCCUAACCGGUGAUUUCUCGACGGAACUUACAGGUGAUGAUUUUUUCGGGUUCAAGGAAUUAGGUCUAGAGAAGGAGUUUGGUGUCUUAAGCAAUGCCGUUCCUCUUCAGCUCUUGACGUUUCAAUUCAGAAGUAAGGGCGCCCAAACGAAGGAGAAGGAUAAGAAAAUACAAGCUGAGGAAUUUGAUAGUGUGGUUUAUCAUAAAAUAACAAAGGAAUCGCUUGACUCACGCUCCUACUUAGGUCUUGUUACUCCUCUUCUCACGAAGGCAUAUGAUCGCUGUAAUUUAUACCAUCUGAAAUUGGCUAAAAGCAAAAAUGCAGAUCAGGUACCUGAGAACUACGAUAGUCCUACCUUUCCUAUACUAGAGGACGAUGAACUACCGAAGAGUAAAGGGGCUACCAGAGCCAGAUUACCCCCAACUGGGAAGAUUAAUGCAAAUUACAAGAAAAAGCCAAUUACGGAGGCAUACCUGUUGCCUGAUGAGCUUGUACAACCAGCAGAUCAGAAAGGGACUGGCAGCGCAAAGCCCCCCAAUACUUCGACUUCCCAAGAUACCGACCCGGCAGUAGAUGGGCUUUUUGGCUCUCCCGCUGCAGAUUUGAACGAUUACGAAAAUGGUUUUGGAUUUAAUACCACCUCACCCAACGGAUCAUUUUCCUUGAGUCUACCACGAGUCAACUAG